UAUUAAUUCCCAAUGUCAGUAAUACUGAACAUUACAAUGCUCUUCUGUCAAGACUAGAGGAUGCAGAGAAAAAUACCACUGAUCAUGAUCAUUUUAAGCAGUGUGUACCGUUCGACUANAAUGAUUUUCCUAGAAAGUUUGGUGUUUCUGCUCCUCUGUUUCUACCUGUUAUUGCACCAAAGUCUCAAGGUUUUACAGCUGUUAUAUUAACAUAUGACAGGUUAGAAAGCCUGUUUCAAGUUAUUUUGAAAGUAGUCCAAGCCCCCAGUUUAUCUAAAGUUCUUGUUGUUUGGAAUAAUCAAAAGAAACCACCACCACCUGCAUCUAUGUGGCCCAAGAUAAAUAAACCAUUAAAAGUAGUUCAAACACGAGAAAAUAAAUUAAGUAACAGGUAAUAUAUUUAAAUUCUUAUUGUUUUUAAUAGGAAAUUUAUGUUUUGUUUAAAAUACAGUUAAAGAAAUUGUUUUGACUCUUCAUUCUAAAAGUGAAUUGUCUGACAUACAGAAAAUAAAUUUAAUACAGCAAAACCUGUUCAAAUUUUUUCCAUUUUAUUCAGGUUCUAAAAUGGAAACCUGUCUAAAUGGAAAAAUCCUUUAGAAAGUGUAUUUUUUUUUUCCUAUGUUAAAUUUUAUUAUAUGUCAAAAACCUGUUCAAUGCAGAAAUGGAAGAGUUUUCUGAGUACAAAGAAUGUAACUUAACCUGAAUAAAGUGGAAAGUUAAGAUUGCACUUACAGACAGAUAACCAAAUUACCUCCAAGUAUAACAGUCAUCACACAACAUAACAAACUGUAUUCUGAGAAUAAUUUUGAACCUUGUCAGAGAAAUGAAAGUUACAUCACAAG